CAAUCAUUGCCGAUCAGUCAAGUGGGAUAGGAAGUUAGCACCUGUUCAGCAUUUCUGAAGUUAAGAGUUCUACUAGCUUCAACAUUGUUCUUUUCGUUACAACGUCAAGGAUUCCAGUCGCGCAUACAACCUCUCAGCUCCGAUCGCCAUACCACUGCUAGUGUGCGACAAAAGAUGGCUUCUACAUCGACAUCCGAGUCGGCAGAGGCCUCCACUGCCACACCAUCGUCCACGACAAGCUCUUCUGAGCCUGUCGCCAUCGUAUGUGUAGGAAUGGCCGGAUCAGGCAAAACGACCUUCAUGCAGCGCAUUAACGCGCACCUCCACGGCCAACGCGAGCCUCCCUACGUCAUCAACCUGGACCCGGCCGUGCUCAACGUACCCUUCGAGAGUAAUAUCGACAUUCGCGACUCUGUUAACUACAAGGAAGUCAUGAAGCAGUAUAACCUCGGACCGAAUGGCGGAAUCCUCACAUCCCUGAACUUGUUCUCUACCAAGGUUGACCAGAUUCUAAAUCUGCUGGAGAAGCGCACCGGGCCUGACCCGGCCAAUCCGGCUAAGAAGCCUAUCAAAAAUAUUCUUGUUGAUACGCCCGGCCAAAUCGAAGUCUUCGUAUGGUCUGCCUCAGGUCAAAUCCUCCUCGAGUCACUGGCUUCUACUUUCCCAACCGUCAUCGCCUACAUCAUCGACACGCCGCGAACCGCCUCCACUAGCACUUUCAUGAGCAACAUGCUAUACGCAUGCUCCAUCCUCUACAAGACGAAACUUCCCAUGAUCCUGGUAUUCAACAAGACGGAUGUCAAGGAUGCCAGCUUCGCCAAGGAGUGGAUGACGGAUUACGAUGCUUUCCAGGCCGCCUUGUCGAACGACGAGAGAUCCAACGCCUUUGGUGGCGUGGAGGGCGAGGGCGCUGGUAGCGGCUACAUGAGCAGCCUACUCAACUCCAUGAGCUUAAUGCUGGAAGAGUUCUACACCCAUCUUAGCGUGGUUGGGGUAUCAUCCAUGACAGGUGCCGGUAUCGACGAAUUCUUCGCGGCGGUGAGAGAAAAAGCAGAGGACUUCAAGAAGGACUACCGUCCCGAACUCGAGCGCAAGAGGCAGGAGCGCGACGAACAGAAGCGCAAGGUUCGACAGCAAGAACUUGACAAGAUGAUGAAGGACAUGUCCAUGGGUACGGACAACAGCCGAAGUGGCGCAAUAGACAGGUUGCCCAAGGUGGACGACGACGAUGAAGAUAUGGAGGGAAGCGACGACCAAGAUGACGAUGACUACGCUGAUGUGGAUGAUGAGUAUGACCGCGAUGGCUUACAGUCCAGAUACGAGGCGGCUAUGGCGGAUGCGAACGAGUCAACGCUGGAGAGUGAUGCAAGUUUUGCGAAGUUCCUACACACGCAAAGGUAGGGCUAGAUUGAACACGAAGCUUUGGGGAUAAUCACGGGUGUUGGUCAAUAUCAAAAGGCAUAUGAAAAGGCACAUGGGUUCACAGCUUUACUGUAUAAGGCAUAGGGGCGCACAAUGAUACCAAA